UUGGUGACAUUCAAGGAUGUAGCAAUAGACUUUUCCCAGGAGGAAUGGGAAUGGCUGAACCCUGCCCAGAGGAGUUUAUACAGGAGUAUGAUGUUGGAGAACUAUCAGAGCCUGGUAUCAGUGGGACUUUGUAUCUCUAAGCCAUAUGUCAUCUCCUUACUGGAGCAAGGGAAAGAACCCUAUGAAGACCCAGAGUUUUCUAAACUAUGCAAGGUAUACAGGUAUGUUCCAAGUUUGUUACAGCCCAUUAUAAAGGAAACAUUUGCUUUUUUGAAUCUUUCAGAUUGGGAAUCUGUAUAUGAGACACAGGAAUUACCUCUGAAGCAGUUUGUGUGUGAUAAUGUAUUAAUGGAGAGAAUUAGAAGCUAUGGACUUGAGUGUCCCACUUUUGGAGAAGAUUGGAAAUGUGAAGAUCUUUUUGAGAGGCAGUUGUUAAGCCAAGAGACAUUUAUCAGGCAAGAAACAAGCACUCAUAAAGAAACCCUUACAGUGGAAAUAGACCAUAAAUAUAACAAAUCUGGGAAAUUUGUCCCACUGGACAAUAUAAAAGAGAAUAUUUAUAAUCACAAAUCAGAUAAAAAAAGCUUUUCUAAAAAUUCCAUGGUAAUAAAACACAAGAAAGUCUAUGCAGGAAAGAAACUUUUUAAAUGUAAUGAAUGUGAGAAGACCUUCACCCAGAGCUCAUCCCUUACUGUUCAUCAGAGAAUUCAUACUGGAGAGAAACCGUAUGAGUGUAAAGAAUGUGGGAAAGCCUUCAACCAGAGUCAACACCUUGCCCAGCACCACAGAAUACAUACUGGAGAGAAACUGUUUGAAUGUAAGGAAUGUAGGAAAGCCUUCAGCCAAAAUGUUCACCUUAUUCAACAUCAAAGAAUUCAUACUGGAGAAAAACCAUAUAAAUGUAAGGAGUGUAGAAAAGCCUUCAGCCAGCCUGCACACCUUGCUCAGCAUCAGAGAAUUCAUACUGGAGAGAAGCCCUAUAAAUGUAAGGAAUGUGGAAAGGCCUUCAGCUAUGGCUCAUCCCUGACUGUCCAUCAGAGAAUUCACACAGGAGAGAAACCAUACGAAUGUGAUAUCUGUGGGAAAGCCUUUAGCCAUCAUGCCUCACUCACUCAGCACCAAAGAGUGCAUUCUGGAGAGAAGCCUUACGAAUGCAGGGAAUGUGGGAAAGCCUUUAGGCAGAGCAUACACCUUGCUAGUCACCUGAGGAUUCAUACUGGUGAAAAACCCUAUAAAUGUAAAGAGUGUGGGAAAGCUUUUAGCAUCAGUUCACAGCUGGCUACUCAUCAGAGAAUUCAUACUGGAGAGAAACCUUAUGAAUGUAAGGAAUGUGGCAAAGCUUUCAACCAGAGAGCACACCUCGCACAGCAUCAGAGAAUUCAUACUGGAGAGAAACCUUAUGAAUGUACUGAAUGUGGAAAAGCCUUCAGCCAGACUACCCGCCUUAUUCAACAUCAGAGAGUUCACACGGGAGAGAAACCCUAUAAAUGUACUGAAUGUGGGAAGGCCUUUAGUGAUAGCUCAUCCCACUCUCAGCAUCGGAGACUUCACACUGGCCAAAGGCCCUACGAAUGUGUUGAGUGUGAGAAGGCAUACAGAACAAAAUCGUUGCUCAUUUGUCAUCAAAGAUGUCAUACGGGGGAGAAACCUUAUGAAUGUAGCAUGUGCGGUAAAGCCUUUAGCCAUUGGCAAUCCCUUACCAUUCAUCAGAGAAUUCACUCUGGAGAAAAACCAUAUCAGUAUAAGGAAUGUAGGAAAACCUUCAGCCAGAUUGGACACCUUAAUCUACAUAGAAGAAUCCACACUGGAGAGAGAUCUUAUGAAUGUAAGGAAUGCAGAAAGGUCUUCAGACAAAGUGCGCACCUUGCUCAUCACCAGAAAAUUCAUUCUGUAGAGUCAUCUCAGGCCCCCAGCUCUUCCUCACAUUCUGUGUCACCAAGUCCUGUUGAUAUGUCUGCUGAAUAUUUUUGGAAUUCAUCCACAUCUUUUCAUUCUCAUUGCCCUAGUCCAAAACACUGUCAUUUCACCUGGACUAUUCCAAUUGUCUAA